AUGCCAUCAUCUAAGAGGAUAAGUGCUGCAGAGGAAAAUACUAGGAAGAUAAAUGCAGCUUUAAACGUUAUAGAGUCUAAGCCACUACUAGAAAACGGUUCCAGCAAGAAAAAUGACUUGUUCAUUUACGAGCUUGAAGAUGGGAGUAAGGUGCAUACGAAGGAACGUGUGAUUCAGUCGGUUCCGCCGGUUGCUAAGAGAGUUCCUACCAAUGAGGAGUUGUUUAAUGAUGAGGAUGGGCUACCUAACCAUGAGUUUCUAAGGGAUCAUUUCAAGAAGGAGGGAAGGUUGACUGAGGAGCAGGCUUUGCGAAUCGUGGAGAUGGCGACGAAUCUAAUUUCGAAAGAGCCUAAUUUGUUGAAUGUGUCUGCUCCGAUCACUAUUUGUGGAGAUAUCCAUGGUCAGUUUUAUGAUUUGUUGAAGCUAUUUGAAGUUGGUGGUGAUCCAAAGACCACGCCUUAUCUCUUUCUUGGAGAUUAUGUUGAUCGUGGGUCAUUUUCUUUUGAGUGCUUGCUUUAUUUGUACAGUUUGAAGCUUAAUUACUCUGACCAUUUUUGGAUGUUAAGGGGGAACCAUGAGUGCAAGCACUUGACUUCCUACUUUACUUUCAAGAGCGAAUGUUUGCAUAAAUACAACCUGAAGAUUUAUGAUGCCUGUUGUCAGUCUUUUAAUUCUUUGCCGUUGGCAGCAGUCAUGAAUGGUCAGUACUUCUGCGUCCAUGGUGGCAUCUCUCCGGAAUUAAAGUCGGUGGAAGAUAUAAACCGUAUUAACAGGUUUAGGGAAAUUCCUUCCAGAGGUUUGAUGUGUGACUUAAUGUGGGCGGAUCCAUCUGAAUCGUACGAUGAAGAUGCAGAUGACCCAAAUACUCUGGCCUAUUUGCCAAACACUGUGAGAGGUUGCUCUUUUGCUUUUUCAUACAAGGCAUCCUGUGAAUUUCUACAGCGAACUGGCCUUCUUUCAAUUAUUAGAGCACAUGAAGCACAAGAUCAAGGUUACAGAAUGUACAAGAACACAAAAAAUUUAGGAUUCCCAAGUUUGUUAACAUUAUUCAGUGCCCCAAACUACUUAGAUACCUACAAGAACAAGGCAGCUGUUCUAAAGUAUUCCGAUAAUGUAAUGAACAUUAGACAAUUCAAUAUGUCGCCGCAUCCCUAUUGGUUACCUAAUUUUAUGGAUGUGUUUACUUGGUCUUUACCGUUUGUAGGAGAGAAGGUUACUGAAAUAUUAGUGUCGAUAUUGAAUAUUUGUACCGAGGAAGAGUUGGAGGAGGAGACAUUAAUAAUUGAAGAAGACCUCGGUAUCGAAAAUAAAGUAAAGAAUAGUGCGGCUCCGCUUCCUUCUGCUGCAAAGAAACAACCCAGCUCAUCUAUACUGGGUGAUGAACAUAAGAGAAGGGCUCUGAGAAAUAAAAUCCUGGCUAUUGCGAAGGUUUCCAGAAUGUACAGUGUUUUAAGGGAAGAAAGUGACAAAGUUCAAUAUCUGAAAACCAUGAAUUCGGGUGUUCUUCCUCGUGGUGCUCUGUCCCAUGGGUCAGAGGGAUUGAACGAAGCUUUGUCAAGUUUUGAAAGAGCCCGGAGAGACGAUCUUGAGAAUGAAAGGUUGCCCCCAUCAUUGGCCGAUGUUGAGAAGAGCAGGGAACAAUAUUAUAGGAAAAUGCUCAAGAACGUUGAAAAAAAAUAA